AUGGAGCUAGCUAAUAAAUGUCUAGAUCAAUAUACAAUUGAUCAGUAUACAUUCAAUAAUUAUUGUACGCCCAGGGAGUGUGUAGACUAUGCCCUGAAAUACGAGCACCGGGAUGCGGAUAGAUUUAUAGUAUCCUAUCCGCGAUCGGGUAGCAAAUGGAUACAAUAUAUUGUCCAAUUGAUUAUGGCCGGCGGGGACCGUGAGGUCGGUUUGAACGAAGGUAACUAUACGCUGGAAAGUAUGGGCCGGGAGGCAGUGGACCGGCAGUCGGGUACGGAUUUGGCGGUAUUUAAGACACAUCUGCCGCUGCGAUUGUUACCGGUCAACGAUAAGGCCCGGUAUUUGUUGGCCGUCCGAAACCCUAAGGAUGUUAUUGUUUCGGAGUAUUGUCUGAUGAGGGAAAUGGGUUGGCAUCGGGAGGUUGGCCAGAGAUGUGAUUUUCGGGACUAUUUUGAUUAUUAUCAUCGCUAUUAUGCCGGGGGUACUGGUAGUGGUGGUGGCGGGGGUGGUAAGCAAUGUUGGUAUUGUGGCGAUCAGUAUGACUAUGUCCGCCAGUAUUGGCAUCAGCUCAGGGAUCAACCAAACUAUACAGUACUAGUCUAUGAGGAUAUGGUAUCCGAUCCGUGGCGUGCUAUCGAAAAAAUAGCCCAAUUUCUGGGCGAUCAAUAUGUCAGGCGAUUAUCCGAAGUAAUGGUCGAUCCCGAAGGUAAUUGUGAAACACUAGUCGAUAGUAUUGCCCGCCAGUCAUCGAUAACGGCUAUGCGGGCUAAGUUCAGGGGUGACCCCCGGGUCCGGAAGGGUGUGGUCGGUGAGUGGCGCCGGUAUUUCUCACGCGACGAAAGCCUGGUUAUUGAUGAACGGGUUAGGCGUGAGUGGUCGGGACUGAUGGGUUUGGAAAGCCUAUGGGAACGGGAGAUGCGCUGGGAAUGA